CGGAUACAAUUGUGACCUGCCUGAUGGAAACAUUUCUUGUUAAAUGCGUUUUCUCUUCGCGAGAUUUCACCUGUCAAACUUUAAUCCCAUUUGGAUUUAUUAUGAAAUGAAAUAUAUAAUGCUAUCCGAAAGUGCUUAUUAUUAAAAGAAAACGGAUAUGGAAAAGGUUAACACGGACGAGUUGAUUUCGAAAUUAAUUUCCGGCACAUAUGAGGAAUUUUGUGACAGUAUUGUUGUGUUUUUAGAAAUUUAUGAUAAGAAGACUAAUUUUGAAGAGUUGAAUAAUAACUGUUUACGAGAGAAGCUAUGGAAGAGAUUGUUUUAUUAUUUAACAGAUUACACUCAUUUAAAUCAUCAUCAUCAUUGCUUAGCUGCUUUGAGAAUACUUAGUCGAGAUAAAACCAAUUUGAAUGAUUUAAUUACUGACGAAGCAAUAAAAAUUAUAUUGCAAAAUGCAGUCUUGACAAAAAUAUGCGAAGAAGACCAAAUCUCAUAUACAAUUGUUACAAUAGAAUCACUAAAAUUAUUGUGCAAUUUAUUAUUUAAUAGUCUAAAAGUGCAACAAUCGAAAGUAUUAAUAUCUUCCUUGCCUUAUCUUAUUGAUCGUGUUAAAAACUAUACAACUAAUGUUCCCUACAAUGUCAAAUUAUUUGACAUGAGAAUACUAUUUCUUCUUACUGCAUUAAAUAUAUCUACAAGGGAUAUAGUCAAAACUGACUUAUGUGGUGAUAUAUGUCUUAUUAAAAUAAUAGAGGAAUUUGUGACACAAAAUUGUGAUAAUAAGACAACUGUAAUUAAGAAUGAAGAAAUAAUGAUAAUUUGUGAAGUUUUAAAAGUUCUAUUUAAUUUGUAUAUACAUUCUGAUGAUACUGGAGUUGAAGAUCAAGAGAAAUAUAAAAAUUUAGUAUUAAUUUUAUAUAAAUUAUUAAUAUUUAAAUAUCCGAUACAACAAGAUGAUUUGGAAAGCAAUGUCGUCAACUUAUUAACUGUAAUACCAUCUAGUUGUUACACACCAAUUAUACAAUCUGUUGAGAGCGACGAUUGCAAAAAUGUAUAUCAAAAUAUGGAUAUGAGCGCUAUAUGCGUUUUGCUUAGAUUUUUAGAUCAAAGAUUAGACUAUACGAAGAAUUUGAUAGAAAAUAUCUCUCCAAUAGUUACUGCGUUAAUUAGACUCGUCAAAUCAAAGAGGAUUAUUCGCAAAUAUGUAAGACUGCAGAUUUUACCUCCAUUAAAAGAUGUGAUGAAUCGCCCUGAAGAAGGAACGACAUUGAGAGCCAAAUUAUGUAAAUUAUUAACUUCACCUCUCACAGAAUUACGUGACCUAGUCGCAGAACUUUUAUUUAUUCUUUGUAAAGAGAAUGUUAGUCGCAUGGUGAAAUAUACAGGAUAUGGAAAUGCGGCAGGUAUGUUCGCUAAGAAAGGACUAUUAGCAAAGUCUAGCCAGACGGAGACGAAUUAUUCUUCGGAAUCGGAAGACAGUGAAACGGAAGAAUAUCUAAAGGUUAAAGAGCAAAUAAACCCAGUAACCGGAUGUUUCGAGAGUCCCAAAUCAAAUCCGCUUGAAGGUAUGACAGAUGUGCAAAAGGAAUACGAAGCCUUACAACUAGUAAAUCUUGUUGACAAGUUAACGAGGGAGGGAGUCGUGCGUCCUUGCCGCAUCGGCGACGAUGGAAAACCGAAACCCAUAGAACACGUUCUCGAAUUACAGGACGAAUUACCAAAACAGCAAUACGGCAGAAAGGACUCCGGCUCUGAAUAAAUAUAUUUCCAAAAUACAGUGAUCUGUAUGUAUAGAUAUAUCGAUUUCGAAUAAAGACAUCUAAAGUGUAAUAAUUUAUCUCUGUUAUAUAUGUGUAGGCCUGUACCAAGUCGUUACUGUUUGUUAGACAAAUAUCACUAACGAUUGUCGAAAUUAUGAAGAAUUACGUAAAAUAUAUCUGUAAACAUAAAAAUGCGGUGAUAAAAAUAUCGUGUGAAAAAAAACAUCGAGUUGAGAAAAUUCACAAGUCGUUUCGCAUAAAUUAAAUCGCGUCCCAGGAGAUUGCUGUGAAUAAAAAGAAUUUGAUAUUUAGUUGAUUACUUUAUUGAAAAAGAACAAAGAACAACAUUACAAAUUAAACAAUUGGCAGGAAAUAAAAAAUAUAUAACAGUUUCUCCAAAAUCACAUGAAAUAUUUAAACAUUACAAUUUUGGUAAAAUGUGUUAUGUGCUUUGUGAGCAUCACAAUAUAUUAUUAUUGCAUUGCAGCCUAUGCGCAGACAAGAAUGUAUAUCUCUACACGUUUCAAGUAACUGCAUAUAGUGAUAUAUCAUUUGAGAAUAUCUUAGUAUAGGAUAGUACAUAUGAAUUGACAGGCAAUGGCAAAUUGAGUUGAUAUGAUGAAGCAAUGUACGAUCAACGGAGAGCAUUUAUUUUUUUUUUUUUUAAGGCUAAAUUCUGUGUCCAUCCUAUAA